CAUAGAAUGAUGUCAUGAGGCUUCUGUAAGCGAAAAAGCAUUAGCAAAUGGAUCUUCCUAGGGUGCUUCCUUUGAACUUCUCAGAAUCACCGUUCUCUCAUUCUCUCAUCAUCUACCCACAAUAAAACGCCUCUCUCUCUAUUCUCCCCCCUUGACCUCAGUUGCUCACUCUAAGCCGAUCCUUUCAUCUUCUUAUCUCUUUGAAACAAACCCAAAAUCCAUUUACUUGAGAGAGAGAUCAGAGCCUCAUGGAGUCUCUGGGCACAGAAAAUUUAUCUAUUACUCGGAAAAGGGCAGUCGAAGAACUCAAUCGGGGUCGCGAAUUUGCUUCCCAACUUCGGAGUAUCUUCUGCAAGUCUACCCAAGAUCAUGGAUCGGUCACAGCAGAGGACCUGGUUUCAAAGAUCUUGCAAUCAUUCACCCAGGUUCUUUCAGUACUCAGUUCCGGUGAAUCCGGUGAGGUUAAUGAAGAUCCGGCGACUACACAACACGGUUCACCUUGUUCCGAUGACCAGAGGACUGAAGAUUCCGGCGAGAACAGUAAAAGACAGGCGGCCUCCAUUGAUCAAACCAGAGGAGGAUAUAAAAGGAGAAAAAUGGUAGAGACAUGGAUCAAGGUCACUCCAAAACCCAUCGAUGACGGCCACUCUUGGCGAAAAUAUGGCCAAAAAGGAAUCCUAAAUGCCAAACACCCAAGGAGCUACUUCAGGUGCACCCACAAGCACGACCAAGGAUGCCUAGCAACCAAACAGAUUCAAAAGACAGAAGAUGAGACUCCAAUGUAUCGGACCACUUACAUAGGGCACCACACAUGCCAAGAUGUGCUCAAGGCUCCCCAGUUCAUCGUGGAUGAAAUUCCGGUAGAGGGUUUUCUACUGAGCUUUGAAUCAAAUUACCCAGCAACCAAACAAGAGGUUCCCUGUUUCUCAUCAUCCACUUCCAUCCCUUCAAUCAAACAUGAACACAAAGAGGAAGUACCCUUUAGGGAUCCAAACAAGACCCAUGACAACAACCAAUCAUCAUCAUCAUCCUUGGAAUAUUCCUUAUGGUCGGAUCUACCAUCGGUGUUGCCUUCAACUACCAGGUCGGAUUACGGAGAUGUUUCGGGCGGGUAUUCGUGUACCACCAGCUCUCACAGUAGCUUUGAUAUGGGUUCUGUUGAUUUUGCUGAAUUCAAAUUUGACGCGCUGUUCUACCAGGAAGAGUUAAUUUCAUAAGGAAGAUCUGUUUUAGUACAUAGGCUAGUGUUUGUAUACUUGGAAAAAAAUUUAACAUGUGAAAUAUAUGAAUCCCACUAGUAUAGGCUACGGUUUGGAUAUAGCAAAUACUUCAACUUGUGUUGUACUAUUAUCAAAUCAAUCUCAGAAAAGGAUUCUAACCCAAAAAUGCUAACCUAAUAAAGGUGGUUGUUGGAGUUGUUCUUAA